AUGGAUGUACCGGUGGCCGCGAACGUGCUGGGAACGCUAGGAGCAGUGUGUUGGUCCAUUCAGCUCAUCCCACAAAUCGUUAUCAACUAUCGAAGGCAUAAUGCUACUGGACUCCAGCCGACCAUGAUGAUGCUGUGGGCGUGGGCUGGGGUUCCCCUUGGCGUUUACAACAUCGCUGAGGACUACAACAUUGCUCUGCGCAUUCAGCCUCAGAUUCUUACCGUACUGAGCCUGGUGACGUGGAUCCAGUGUUACUACUAUGAGAAGAGUUGGUCGGUUCUCCGUUCGCUCGCAGUUGUCGUCCCUGUGGCGUGCCUCAUGGGCGGCAUUCAAGCUGGUCUCAUCUUCGCCAUUCAGCAUGCCAAGUCAGAGGGACUGCAUUGGCCCAGUAUCCUCAUGGCUGUUGCUUCAGCCGCUCUGCUUGCUGCUGGUGUCCUGAGACAUUACGUGGAUGUCUACGUUCACCGGACGGUUCGUGGCAUAUCCUUCAUCUUUGUCGGUAUUGAUGCUCUGGGAGAUCUUUUCUCCUUGGUGUCAGUCGUCUUCCAGCCUAAGCUUGAUGUCCUGGGUCUGGUCAUCUAUGGCACCGAGCUGGUGUUAUGGAUCGGCAUCUUCGUGUGCGGAGCGUAUUACAAUCUCCCGUCGUGGUACGCUGCCAAGAAUGAGACGAAGAGGAGCGACGAGGUCUUGGGUGAGCCGAACAGUGGGCCGGCGGACACGACUGGCAUCGCACUUCACGAUCUGCCCUCUAGCACUUCCGUGUUCAGGACACCAUCGGGCGAAAUUGAAGCGAUCCGACAGCGCAGUAUGGGCUCAAUACGUGCUGCUGGUCUGGAACAUCUACCGCGGAGGGUGUAG